CACCCAGAGCCUCGCAAAUCCUCGUGAAAGUACAUACGCCCGAGGCCCGAGGCCCUAUCGCCCCUAUCGGCCCGAUCACCGAUGGCGGCGACGGCCCGAUGCGUGUGCGUGGCCUGCGUGGGUGGGUAGACUCAGUAGACUGGACUGGACUGGGUAGGGUCGUAGGGUAGUGCCUGUGCGUUUACAAAAAUGUGGAAAAAGUACUCGCGAGGAGCGCUUGUGGUGGUUUGCGUUGGCUGAUGCCUGAUGGUGAUGACGAAGAAGCGUGGUAUGCGAUAGAGCGGGAGAAUUGCGCGGAGAAUUCAGAAGAAUCAGAGUCGGAGAGAGACGAUCCGCUCACAUAAGUCGCUUGAUAUACAUGUUAUAAGUAAUCGCAAUCGCCACUGUCGACCAUGAACGCGUUAUAUGUACUGUGGACAGCUUUGAUGAGUGCGUGCGUCAUGCACGCUUUUAAUCUCGAACCACGAAUACCUGUUGUCAAAAGGGGCCUGCAGGGCUCCUACUUCGGCUACUCCGUAGCCGAGCAUAUAGAGAUCGAGAACCACUCGUCAUCCAAAUCGACCAGUUGGAUGCUGAUCGGUGCACCCUUGGAUCAAAAUCGACAACCGGGUACAAACAGAUCGGGAGCGUUGUGGAAGUGCCCGUUGAGUACAUAUACGGGAGAUUGUACUCAAGUCAUCACCGAUGGACGGCUGAUGGAUGAUGGUCUACUGUACAGACCAUACGAAUACGAAUCGUACGAUUCAAAUUUGGAAUCGGAUGAUUUAGUACCGCCGGGGACUGAUGAAAUAAAAGAUAAUCAAUGGUUAGGAGUUACUGUACGUAGUCAGGGAGUUGGAGGUAAAGUUAUGGUAUGCGCGCAUCGCCAUAUCGUUAAAACAGCUGAUUCGCAAUGGGGCCAAGGCCAAUGUUACAUAUUAUCUCAAGAUUUAAAAUACGACGAUUUGAAAAAGCCAUGCUCUGGAAAACCUACCAACAAAGCCCACGAGCAGUUUGGUUACUGUCAGGCUGGGACUAGCGGUUUAUUAACCGCUGAAGAUCGUGUAGUGAUUGGUACGCCAGGACCACAUACUUGGAGAGGGACCCUUUAUUUAUUCACUAUUUCAGAUGAAUUUUUAACUAGGGACAAUACAGUUUACAACGCGCCAAUGCAAGAUUUUUCACCUGUAAAUAAAUACAGCUAUCUCGGAAUGUCCGUGGCCGUUGGAAACUUCUUUGGCAAGGAUUUGGCUUAUGCGGCGGGUGCACCUCGUUCUAAUGGUACGGGCCAAGUAGUUUUGUUCACAAGGCGCGAUUUUAAGUCGGACAUGGACGUUGCCCUCGUUCUAGACGGCGAACAAUUUGCCUCGAGCUAUGGAUACGAAAUCACAUCGGCAGAUGUAAAUGGAGACAA